AUGGACGAGCAAAAGGAAAAGAUGGACGAUCUAGCGUCGCUAUUUCUCCCCGACCUAUUACACCCACUUUCUACGAUUACCCUGGAUGCGUUGGUCAAGCAGGAAGACGAUGGCUUCCACGCUGCGCUUUUCCAGAAUGACCAGCCCAAAAUGCCUUCAUAUCUGGCUGGAAUGAAUAUGCAAAUGGUUAAUUCAGACCAUGACCAUCUGCAGCUGCUGUUUGAUCCCGAUAGCAUGUACACUAUGAACAUGGCCACUGGUCCAACGCCUAACCACAUGGCUAACUACACUAACCAAGGACCCAACAUGCGCUUUCUGCCUCAUCCUGGUCCCCCAGAAGACUUUUUGACACAUACACUGCAUUACCAGGAAUUCGUCCCGGCCGAAGCUGCUGGUAUACAGCCCCCAAGUCGAUACCAUCUGAUGCAGAAACCAUACCUUCCUCAGCAUGUAAUGCCAUUCCAACCAGCCUGGUCUGCGCUGACUGUUAUUGGGCAGUUUGAUGGCAUGAACUAUUACGGCAACAUCAGCCCACAGCCUCCACACGGUAACCCAGGCAUGUCUAUGCCUAUGCCAGUCUCAAGCAAUGACGCAGAUGACCAUCUGUUAUUUGGUGUAUCUAAAACUGCCACACCAGAAGUACUCCAGGCACCUAUGAAUGCCAAUAAUGCUUCUUUUGGUAUGAGAGGGAACAAGGUUCCCAAGCGAGAUGAUUCAGAAUUGGAGUCAUCUCCCCAAGUUGGCGAUAAAUCCAUAAAAAAGCAAAAGAAAAAACCAAAAACCUCAAAAAUAAUGGACGCGGAUGCAGAUUCUGUCCCGAAAAUGCUGGAUGCAGAUGCAGAUUCUGUCCCGUUGGAUAAACAAGCCACUCCUGCUACAAUUCAGGUUGAUUACAAUCCAGGAAAGCUAUUAAAACUCCUAGACCUUGAUCAAGCUAAUGACAGUCCACAAGUUCCUAUUCUUGAUCACUCGAAUCAACCCGUACAAAUCACUUUCAGGGGCUUCAUCGCAGGACGAUUCUACACAAAUGACCAGGAUAACUUCAACCACAUUUCGGCAACGAAGGAAGUACCUCAAACUGACAAGAAGUAUAACGCAGAAGUUGUUUCAUGCUACAGAAGGAACUUUAUUCAUGUCAAUGUUAAUUUUCUGCGGUCAAGUGAAUCCAAUCUUUUGGCCAUUCCUGGCAAGGGAGUUAUCAACGGGUUUCGUCUCGAUGUUUUGGCUUUUGCUAAUGGCGAAGAAAGCAUUCCCGUGAUUCUCAACACACAGAACGACGCUAUAAAGGAUAAGAGUAAAGGUUAUUCAGACGUUGUCCUUCCAAAACGCAUUGGUACUUCUCACAAAAUACUGGUCAGCGAAAGCGGCGGAGACAAUUACUUCACCAUUCGUAGAGCACAGUUCAAAAGUGCAACGGCAAACAGCGUUAAUGUGAGCUUCCAAACUUUUAACAAUUUUUCGGUGAGGCUAAUAGCUGAACUCGACCAAGGAGAAGUUAUAGUCAAGGAGCUCAAAAGCUCGCCUAUUAUCGUGAGAGGCCGUAACCCUUCAUUUUAUCACAAGAGAGGAGAUGUCUUGAUCAGGCCCAGACCAGCUGUGUCGAAAUCCAGUUUUGAAUUCUCAGAACAGGAUGUGGUUAGUGAAGAGACAAGAGGACAGGAUUAUGAUGUGAAUUCUACUCAUCACUCUCAGAGCUUCGGUGAUGGUUCACCAGAGAAAGAGGAAGACAGUCAGGCCAUAAAAGCAGAACCUAAGGACUCGUCAGUUUCAGGCGAAACAGAAGAUCGCUCCUUAGGGGAGGAGAUGCAGCGCACGAGAAGCAAAGCAAACAGGCAAACUCCAGUACCAACUGGGGCGGGGCUGGCGACUAAUCUUAAGGAAUUGCUCGAUCCGAAAUCGUUCGUUGACGCAGAAGGUAAGCCGACGAGAUACAGAUACUUCCCAAUUCUGAAUGUUUAUUAUCUUCCUCCGAUCAACGUGGUGUAUUUCCCUCAUAGGGCACAUCAUCAACUGAUAAAACCGGAUUCCACCGGUGAUGCAAAUGUUGAAGAGGAGCAACAAGCGAUCACUGCCAGCGCAAGCAGAAGGUCCGAUAGAAAGAAGCCCACUUCGAAAUUCUACUUUAGGUAA